AUGUCUAAAGAAAACUCGGAAAACUCUCUAAAUACGGAAGAAACAUGUUGUAAAGAGCAUGCAGUAGUGGAAGAUGUGAAACCAUCCAGUACUUUGAGUACUUCAAAUCAACGAGAAUACGACGGAAAGGAACAUUAUUUACUGACAAAAGAGACAAGGGACGCAACAGAUGAAGAUCAGAAAGUUUGCUAUAUAAUAAGUAGAGAAGACAGUAUUGUGAAGGAAGCCCUAGAACUCGCGGAUGCUGAUCUACCAACCAACAGUGAAUACGGUUAUGAUGAGUACUGUGAAGUACAUGCACAAGAAAUGAAUGCUUCUACUCAAGAUACGUUUGAUAUCAUUGACGAAUGUUUCUCCUUCGCCACAGAUAUUGUUUCAACUGCCGUUGACAAUUGCCCGGAUUUCAAUAUCUUUCCCUACAUAAUAGAACUAUGCUUGAAAACCAUCAUCUACUUGAAAACUAACCCAAAAUUCACAUCAGUUAUCGUUUCCUUGCUUGUUUUAUGGUGGGUUUGGUGUCAGAUUGAUUCGUACUAUUCUUUCCUAAUUGCCCAUAUCGUUCAUUCUCUUAACCCGUGUGUUCAUUACUUAGCCAUAACUUCCGAACAAAUAUUUCGCCGAGGCUUUCAGCUCUCUGCAUCACUACAAGAAGUGUGGGAGUCGUUUUAUUGCGACUUCUCAAUCAAAUGGUGUCGGAAGUUCGAACUAAUGUGUGAUGUUCAAUGUUCCCAUGUGCACAGAACGUUGGAAAGAAUGAGAAGAAUAUUUUAG